AUGGAGCAUUCUGAGGAAGUUCCUUCUGGGCCUGUUUCUUAGAUGGAUGAAAGGGGAAAGGCUUAGAUGGGAUGCAUCGAAAUCUAGAGAGGUCAAGAAAUGAGAAGGGGAAAAAAGGUGAAGUUCAAGGAAAAAUGA